CACCGGCAUACUGCGCGUCUGCCUUGACCGUUCCAGCCGAACACAGUCGAGCACAAUGCUGAAGCUGGUCGCUGCCAUCGCACUGACGGGCGCGCUGGGCGCCGCCAUGCCCAUGGGCCUCGACGGCGACGAGGUGCAGCAGGCGUUCCAGGACAUGCUGGGCCAGUUGGGCGCCGACGGCGGCGGCCGCCUCUCGCCGGCCGAGCUCGAGCCCAUCAUACGGGCCGGCGCGCCGCACCUCAGCGUCGCCGAUGUGCGGCACACCAUCUCGCUCAUGGACGGCGACGGCGACGGCUUCGUCACCCUGGCCGACUUCCAGCGGGCCGUCAACGAGCCCCCGCCGGCCGAGGUCGUGCCCAUCGCCUUCCGCGCCGAGGACACAGACGGCAACGGCCAGCUGACGCAGCAGCAGGCGCUGAAGGUGGCGCCGUCGCUGCUCAGCGGACACCCGCAGCUCGAGCACGUGCGCUAUGUCCUGCAGCAUGCCGACGCCGACGGCGACGGCAUGCUGGAGCAGGAGGAGUUCACAGCCGCCCUGGCCGCGCUGCAGAGAGAGGCAUGAAGACGGCUGACCGUGACGGGAACCCAGACGGCGGGACGGUGGCCUCUGCAAGGCCGGUGGGACGGAAGCCUCUGUAAGGCGGCGGGACGAAGGCCCUGUAAGGUGGUGGGACCGGGGCCUUUGUAAGGCCGACGGAUGUAGGCCUCUGUAAGGCCGGCGGGAUGGAGAUUUCUGUAAGGUGGCAGGACGGAGGCCUCUGUAAGGCCGGCGGGACGGAGGCCUCUGCAACGCCUCUUACAGGCGACGGCGACGGUGAGGUCUGUUGACAGCAGUGCGCUACACUUUAGUAUCUUUAGUAUUUUAUCAAUAAAGAUGAGUUUUGCUGA